AACAAUCACUUUCUCUCUCUCCACUCUCUUCUUCAUCAGUCUUUCCAUUGAUCUUGAAAGUUGAAACACCAUUGAUACGAUGGAUGUGUUCUUCGAGACUCAGAGUGGCGACACGUUCGAGAUUGAAUUGGAUUAUUGGGAUACAGUUUUGGAUAUCAAACAGAAGAUCGAGAAGUAUCAACGUAUCCAUGUUUCUAAACAAACCCUUUUCUUCCAAGGCAAAGUUCUUCAAGAUCAUCUUGAUAUCGAACAAUGUGUGAUCCACAACCACUCUCGUAUCCAGAUAUUCGUCGAACCUGACCCUAACCCUAAUCACAACAACGAGCAAGUGCAUCAAACCGAGAUAUCUCCACCGUUAGACUCAUCCUAUGAGAUCGAUAGCUUUCAAGAUUCCCCUGUUUCGACGAGCUUGAAUCUUGGAAGCAACAACAAUGAUCAUCUGCUUCUACCGGAGAAUUUUAACUCAUCCAAUGAGUUCGAUAACUUUCUGGAAUCCCCUUUUUGGACGAACUUGAUGCUUGGGAGCAACAACAAUGAUCAUCUGCUUCUACCGGAGAAUUUGAACUCAUCCAAUGAGAUCGAUAACUUUCAAGAUUCCCCUGUUUCGACGAGCAUGAUGCUUGGGAGCAACAACAAUGAUCAACUGCUUCUACCGGAGAACUCUCUACCGUUAAACUCAGACAAAGAGAUCGUUAAGCAUAUAACGUUGAGAAGCAUUCCAAUGGUGAUGAGACCUAAAGUUCAAGCGCUUCAAACCGAGAAAUCUCUGCCGUUAAACUCAUCCAGUGAUCUCGAUAACUUUCAAGAUUCCUCUGUUUCGACGAGCAUGAAGUUUGGGAGCAACAACAAUGAUCAAGUACUGCCUCAACCGGAGAGAUCUACACCGUUAAACUCAUACAAAGAUAUCGCUAACACUCAAGGUCCGCCUGUGAAGCGUAUAAAGUUGCGAGGCAUCAACAACAGUCAUCGGGAGAUGAGGAGCUAUAAGACUGCCCCGGGGCAGAUGAUGUCAGUACUUGUAAAGCCAUAUUACGGUGAGGGUAGAGUUGGGACGAAUAUUUUUGUGACUGUGAACACGAAGGAUCAAGUGAAAAUACUAAGAAACGAGUUGGCUCAAAGCCAACAGAGAGGUGAAAUAAAUCUGCCUCAAGAUGGUUAUUUCUUUAUGCACAGAAAUGAAGUAUUGAACGAAGAUAGGUCAUUUAAGUGGAACGGUGUUAUUCCUGAUGACUUUGCAGUUGAGAUCCGUCCCAGAAAUGUGAACCGUGGCUCUUAAGUCACAUUUCUUUGAGUUGCAAUAUUGUUUUUUCAUACAUAGAAUAAAAAGUAUGAUACAUU